AUGCCUGGAAACCUCCUCGCGCUGGUGGAGCUUUUUGGGUAUAAGGGUGACAGGAAGUUUGGGGUGGAGUUGAAAGAUUUCUGGAAUAUGCGAGCCAGUCAUUGCAUGCUCAUAGCGCUAGGUGAUGAUGCAUUCUCGAAGCUGUUGAGACAGAUACAGAAGGUGUCUGACGUGCGAUCUGAUAUGCCAUUACUCAUCUUCCACCUCGUUCUCUCUGCGUUUAUAUUUGAAGGCGUCGAUGUGUGCAAGGUUGUGAGAGUGUUGCAGUAUAAUUUGAGGAGGUAUCUAAAUGGUGCGCGUCUUCUUCCUGUUCGGCGCAAGCUGUCUCGCGCUCAUCCGUUGCAAAUCCUCAAAAACUCUCGUCUACUACGCACGCGCUGCACAAGCUCAGACGCAGUACAGGAAUUUACGCCAAUCUUCGUGAUGGGAGAGUGCGGUUGGCCUGUUUGGGGCUUUGGAGAUGGGUUUCUGUUCUUUUGGGUUCUUGUAAACGUUCUCUGGUGGACGUUCUAUGGGCAGGGAGGGGUCCAGGGUGAUACAGGGCAGGUCGUCGCGGAAAGUAGAUCGUGGUGGGGGAAACUUGGGGCCGAGGCUACAUGGUCGAAAGCGACACAUACAUACGGCGAAGCAGUGUGCCUAGCCACGCUCGGCGAACACGCAGAAACGAAGAAGCUGGGCGCGUCCAAGAGCUGA